AUGCGUUUGACCGGGACUCUGCUCGCUGCUGCCGUCGUUCUGCUCGCUAGCACCGACAACCUGACAGCGACUGCUUCCAAGGCCACCGUUAAAAAAGAUGGAGUCUACGCCGAUCUCUACCGCGUCGAAGACGGCGUUGUCACUGGCAAAAUGCGCAUCCCUCUCGGCGAGAUCGAGCAGUAUGAAGACACCGACUUCAAGCAGCUGACUAAAAAACUCGGGGCGAACGACGAGGAGGAGCGAGCUGCAGUUCGUGUCCCCAAGGGCUUUGACUCGCUUUUCAAGGGUCUUGACCGCUUU